CUCACUCAUUCUUAAGUCUUUAAGGGUCUUACUCUGCUUCUGGAUGAACGCUUACUCUGGUAGAACUAGGGUUUCUUCAAGCAGUAAAUCGUUUUCCAGAUCCGUGGAAGCUUCAAAGAUGACGAAAUCUUACUACAGUUAUCAGUAUCAGAGAGGUGCCUUUGCUGGUCUCUUGGUGCUGUUGCUCCCGGUUUUCUUCCCUUCUCUCUUCACUCCAUUAGGCCACGCCUCUCCUUCAGUCUUCUCGGAAUGGAAUGCUCCUAAACCUAGGCACAUGCCACUUUUAAAAGGCGCUUUACAAAGGCAAACUUCAAAUGUACAGCAGUUCGAUCUCUGGUCUCCCUUGGCUGAUCAAGGAUGGAAACCUUGUGUUGAAUCUAUAGAACCUCCUGCUUUACCAAGAAGAUCUGAGGGAUAUAUCCAAGUAUUUCUGGAUGGAGGAUUGAACCAACAGAGAAUGGGGAUUUGUGAUGCAGUUGCUGUUGCUAAAAUUUUGAAUGCAACACUUGUGAUUCCACACCUUGAAGUAAAUCCUGUUUGGAAAGAUUCAAGUACAUUUACAGAAAUAUUUGAUGUGGAUCACUUUAUUGAAGUCCUGAAGGAUGAAAUUUCUAUAGUUAAAGAGCUACCUGAAGAUUUCUCAUGGAGCACAAGAGAAUACUAUGCGACAGCAAUUCGAGCUACAAGAAUCAAAACAGCACCAGUUCAUGCUUCGGCUAAUUGGUAUCUAGAGAAUGUCUCGCCUGUAUUGCAGAGCUAUGGAAUUGCUGCCAUCGCCCCAUUUUCACACCGUUUGGCUUUUGACAACUUGCACAUGGACAUUCAACGACUACGUUGUAAAGUAAAUUUUCAAGCAUUGAUAUAUGUUUCGCAUAUCAGAGCAUUGGGUGAUGCCCUUAUUAGUCGCCUUCGGUAUUCACCAAAUAAAACUGCAAAAUUAGGAAGUGAAUUCCUGCGGCAGACAACAGGUGAGAAAGAUAAAGAGGGAGCUGGGAAGUUUGUUGUGCUACAUCUUCGGUUUGAUAAGGAUAUGGCUGCUCAUUCAGCCUGUGAUUUUGGUGGUGGCAAAUCAGAAAAACUUGCUCUGGCGAAGUACAGACAAGUGAUUUGGCAAGGAAGAGUCUUAAACUCUCAGUUUACCGAUGAGGAGUUAAGAAAUCAGGGCCGCUGCCCGCUGACCCCAGAAGAGAUUGGAUUGCUGCUGGCAGCUUUGGGCUUUGACAAUACUACCCGCCUCUAUCUUGCCUCCCACAAGGUCUAUGGUGGGGAAGCUAGGAUUGCAGCUUUGCGUAUGCUGUUUCCAUUGAUGGAAGAUAAAAAGAGUCUUGCUUCGGUUGAGGAACGUGCCAAGAUUGAAGGAAAGGCUUCUUUAUUAGCUGCAGUGGAUUAUUAUGUGAGCAUGCACAGUGACAUUUUUAUCUCUGCAUCUCCUGGCAACAUGCACAAUGCCUUGGUCGGACACCGAACGUAUGAGAAUUUGAAGACAAUAAGGCCUAAUAUGGCUUUGGUGGGUCAGCUCUUCCUGAAUAAGAGUAUGGGAUGGUCGGAGUUUCAACUUGCAGUUCUGGAAGGGCACAAAAAUAGACAAGGGCAGAUUAGAUUGAAGAAAGACAAACAAUCCAUAUACACGUACCCUGCUCCUCACUGUAUGUGUCAAGCUUAGCACAAUUUAUUCCCAAGGAUCCAUGUCUGUGUGCAAUAUUUGCGCUCCCAUUGUUUGUGGCUUGCACAGCUGCUAACAAGGAAGAAUCUACUUCUCCCAUUUAUAUAGAAUUAUUCCCUUUGUUUUUUUAUACACGUAUCAUCACUGUAUGCAUCAUCUGUUUUGGGGGGGUUUUAUGUUUUGUUUGGAUUUUCACAAAUAAGGCCAUAUUGAUGGUUUAAUAAUCAAUUAUGAGAAUGUCAAUCAAAUUUUACUGAUAUCGUACUCAUUCA